AUGUCAACAACAAUAGAAACCAUAGCCACCACGGCGACAGUGGUCGCUACAACAGCAGCCGCAGGCGCAUCAUCUAACACCUCUUCAUACUCAACAGAGCACAUCAAAGAACUCGUCAAAGACCUGCUCAUCGCCUCCCUCCAACCCAACAAGACAGUCAUCAUCACCGGCCUCCUAAUUGUCUUGCUCGUCCCUGUUAUUCUCCACCAAUACCUCCACGGGGACGAGUCCGGCUCUUCCUCCUCUUCCUCCUCUCUCCCGUCAAUCAUACUCGCCGGUCCUUCAGGCGCAGGCAAGACCGCCCUUUUGACUCUCUUUGAGAAGCGCGCCGGCCGCAAGACCUCCCCUUCUUCAACCGAUGAAAAGACCGCGAGCGGCGCCGAGCCAGCAUUAACACACACCUCCCAAACGCCCGUCUCCGUUGAACUCAACGCCGCCUCCUUCUCCUCCUCCGACGAAGACAGGAAGCCCAGAAAAUUCCUCCUAAUCGACACACCAGGCCACCCCAAGCUGCGCUCCACGGCGCUCAACCACUUGCUCCCUCUCGACCCUAAGACCGGCCGUCCUCUUCCUCCUAGCAAGACCAGCCACAUAAAAGGCGUUUUGUUCCUCCUCGACGCAUCCACCUUGUCCCCAUCCUCGCCCGACUCUUCCUUGUCACAAACAGCCACUUACCUGUACGACCUCCUCCUGGCGCUACAACACCGUUAUUCAAGGCACAGCAAGGGGAGCAAACACCCCCCUUCCAUUCCCGUGCUCAUUGCGGCGAACAAGCUGGAUCUGUUUACUGCGUUGCCUGCGACGCUGGUGAAGAAGGAGUUGGAGGCUGAGAUUGGAAGGAUUCGUGUUAGCAGAAGCAAGGGACUUUUGGAUUCGGGAGUGAAGGAAGAUGUGGUAGAUGAGAAGGAGGAAGGGGAUGAUUGGUUGGGGGAGUACGGGAGUGAGAAAUUUGAGUUUAGGCAGAUGCAAGAGUUUGAUAUCGAGGUGGAGGUUGUGGGUGGGAGCGUCGCUGGAACGGAAGGGCCGGGGGUGGAGGGGUGGUGGAGGUGGGUUGUUGAGAGGGUUUAA